GGCCCCUUUGCAUUGCGCAUGGGCCCUCCCCGCCGGGUGGCCAUGUUGCAGUGCUAGCAGGCGGCGCAGAGCGGCGGGCCGGCAGCGCAGGGCGCAGCGCUCAGCACCGCACCGCGAUGGCCGUGGCCGUGGGCAGACCGGCGAACGAUGACCUCAGGAACCUGUCCCUCUCCGGCCACGUGGGCUUCGACAGCCUCCCUGAUCAGCUGGUCAACAAGUCAACGUCCCAGGGCUUCUGCUUCAACAUCCUCUGUGUGGGUGAAACCGGCAUCGGCAAGUCCACGCUGAUGGACACUCUGUUCAACACCAAGUUUGAGAGCGAACCGGCCACACACAACGAGCCCGGCGUGAGGUUGAAAGCCCGGAGUUACGAGCUGCAGGAGAGCAACGUGCGCCUGAAGCUGACCAUUGUGGACACCGUGGGGUUUGGAGAUCAGAUUAACAAGGAUGACAGCUACAAGCCCAUAGUAGAAUACAUCGAUGCACAGUUUGAAGCCUACUUGCAAGAAGAGCUGAAGAUCAAACGGUCCCUGUUCAACUACCACGACACCCGGAUCCACGCCUGCCUCUACUUCAUUGCGCCCACCGGGCACUCGCUCAAGUCCCUGGACCUGGUCACCAUGAAGAAGCUGGACAGUAAGGUGAACAUCAUCCCCAUCAUUGCCAAGGCUGACACCAUUGCAAAAAACGAGCUGCACAAGUUCAAGAGUAAAAUCAUGAGUGAGCUGGUCAGCAACGGCGUCCAGAUCUACCAGUUCCCCACGGACGAGGAGACGGUGGCCGAGAUCAACGCCACCAUGAGCGUCCACCUUCCUUUUGCUGUUGUUGGCAGCACCGAAGAAGUGAAGAUUGGCAACAAGAUGGCCAAAGCCAGGCAGUACCCCUGGGGUGUCGUGCAGGUUGAAAAUGAAAAUCACUGUGACUUUGUGAAGCUGCGGGAGAUGCUGAUCCGAGUGAACAUGGAGGACCUGAGAGAGCAGACGCACACCCGGCACUACGAGCUGUACCGGCGCUGCAAGCUGGAGGAGAUGGGAUUCAAGGACACGGAUCCGGACAGCAAGCCUUUCAGUCUCCAAGAGACGUAUGAAGCAAAGAGGAAUGAAUUCCUGGGCGAACUCCAGAAGAAGGAGGAUGAAAUGAGGCAGAUGUUUGUCAUGCGAGUGAAGGAGAAGGAAGCAGAGCUGAAGGAAGCGGAGAAAGAUCUUCACGAAAAGUUUGACCAUCUAAAGAGGACUCACCAAGAAGAGAAGAAGAAAGUGGAAGACAAAAAGAAGGAACUCGAGGAAGAGCUGAACAACUUCCAGAAGAAGAAGGCGGCAGCUCAGCUGUUACAGUCCCAGGCUCAGCAGGCAGGUUCUCAACAAACCAAGAAAGACAAGGACAAGAAAAACUCUAUAAGAGUUUUGCUGUGCUGGUGCCUUGAGUCCUGCUUGCAGCUCUGGACUUCGUGUCUCCAGAAGGACAUAGUGGAGUUAGAGGAGGGCACUAAUGGUAAAUGGGAUGGAGCAGCAGCUGCCAGAGCUCUCCAAGUUAUGAUGGCGCUGGGUGCCAACCUGCUAAGUCAGCAAAUCGUCACAACUAGACCAGAGGAGUAACUUUUAAGGAGCAGGUACUAAACUUGUGGAAUUUGUUGCCUCAGGUUGUUGAGACAGAUGGUGUCAGCAGAAGGUUUUGGGGUUGAUUGGUGGGGUGUUUUUUUUUUUAAAGGCGAUCUCAGGGAGAAGAGAUCCAUAGGGAAAACAAGGUGAAAUGUCUGACAGCCAUAAUCCAGUGGUGGUGGAUUCUGGGGCAGAGGGAGGGGAGCAGAAGGCCCUGCUGGUGUCCACAGUGAGCCUGAGCUGCAGAGGGUGGUGGAGGUUUCCCCACACCCCGGGGCUGGGGAGGGGAUGGCAAUGUGCCCUUGGGCUGCUGCCUCCGUGGCUGCAGCUGUUGGGGAAGAGGUGCCAGUGUGGGGAGAGGAUGGCAACAUGAAACCUGUUGAGGACAGCUCAGAGAGGUUAUUUGUCACCAGGUGUCCCCAGCAGAGCUGGGAAAGCCACUUCUUCCAUUGGAGGGAGUGGGUAUCUGAGUUAAAAAUCAUGCUUUGGGCUUAACUCUUUCGUGUGGCUGCUGGAGGGGAUCUGUGCUUUCACAUCCUCAGAGCAAACCCUCAGGGGGCCGAGGGAGGCUGGGGGGCUGCAGGGAACAGUGCAGCAAGGGAGGGUUUAUGGUUGAAGGCAUUGGAAAGGAGCAGCAGUGCUCUGCUGGGAUGUCCCUGCCGUGCCCUGGGGAGCUCCCUGGGCUUGGGGACUGAGCAGUAACGUGCUGGGGUUUGUGAAUGCAGUGGUGUUAUCCCAGUGCUCAUGAGGGAGAGGGGCAGCAGGGAGCUGAGCCUGCAGCUGGGAAUUGGUUUCCUGUCCAGCCAACCAUUCACCUGCCCAGUGUGCUGGGCUGGACUCCUGCCCUCGCUGCUUCCAGCCCCGCUGGAGCAGGCAGACCCUGGGCAGGUCCGUAGUGGGGAGCACUGGGAUCCUGUGAAGCUUGUGGGAAGGUCACAGGAACAUGAGGAGACAAGGGCACAUCAGGGAAGGUUUUCCUGUGGGAAACGGGAAGCCCUGGCAGCACUCCAGGCCAGCCCUGUGUUCCGACAGCGAGAGCUGCGUACAAGCCAGCUACUGGAGGUGAUGGGGGGGCAGCUUGGAGGUGACAUUGUUGCCUGGGGGUUUUUUGGGGAGGAAAUGUGGGAAGUGGGAAAUGGCUUUUGUCUCUGGCCAUGUGGGUUGUUUCCAAAUCAGCUGGACCUGCUACAUGGGGGAGCUGCUCUUGCUGGGAUGACUCAUUUUCCAAGGUAAGGCUGUGUCUGAAGGUCACCUCAUCAGCCACGGAGCACUGUAAACGUGUAUACCAGUGCAGGCAGCACAGCCAGGGAGCUGCCCAUAGGUGUUCAGGGCCUGUGCCAGGACAGCAGGACACUGCAGAGGUGGGUCACACAGACCAGGGACAGGGUUUGUGCCUGAGCCUUUUUUCUUGGAGUUGUCUGGCACAAGAUCAUUGGUAUGGGUUUGUGCACAGUGCCAGCAAAAUAAAGUGUCUGUCUCUCUGCAACUCACUGGGGCUGGGGGGUGCCUGUGUUUGGGGCUGGGAGCAGGAAAGCACUCACUUGGCAGUGAGGGAGACGAGUCCUGCCUCUGCAGGAUUUUGCCUCCUGGGAGCUUGCCGAGUCCAUGCUGUGGCUUGUGUGGCUCCGGGCAGCACAGGGAGGCUGGGAAGGGUUCUGGGCGGUGACCCUGUGGUGGGAUUGGGCUGUGAUCCUCACAAGUGCCUGGGUGCUGAUGUGCCAGUGGGGCAAGGGGGAACGUGCCCUUCAACCUGGGAGGGAAGCAGCACGUGGAGGGAGAGAAGCCAGCGUAAGUUAACUGGAAAAGGUGUGCAACACACGGUGAGCUGGAAGCAGAGAGCACUGGAGCUGGGGCUCCCCUGCACUGACAGGGUGCCUUGCUGGGGCUGUGCUGCUGACACCCCCAGAGGACUGCACAGCAGUCUGGCUGGAGAAAACCGAGCCACUGGAUGAGAAGGUCAGGGUCUGGAAAUAGCCUAAGGAUGGCAGGAAGGGCUGGAAGGGAAGGAAGCCACACACCCCUCUGAGAAACAUGGCCUGGGGAGGGGUUUUUCAGGACACGAGCAGGAAGAGCUGGAACCUGUGGGAAGGCUCUUGUGGUGGUCUGUGCAUGACGAGAAGAUGGCACCUUGGAAGGCACAGGGCAGGAUGGGCUCCAGGACGGGAGAUGGAGCAGUGUUCCAGCCAUGCACUUGGCCUGGAAAGGGAAGGGCCAGGAGUGAGGAGCACCAGAGCUGGGCUAAAGCCAGAACCACUGGAGGCAACGAGUUCACGUUGGUGACUCCCCUGGCACCCCAGGGGCUGCCCAGCACCCCCAAAGGCACUUUAAGGCACUUUGUCAGCUGUCUGGCACAGAGCAACUCCCUGGCAGCAUCUGGGUAAAACUGAUCCAGGUCUUGGAUGAAAAGCACAACACCAGACUGGGAAUCCAGGACAACUUUCUUUAUUGCUACCAGAAGGCUUUCAUCAGUACAAUGGCUCCAGAUAGGAUACCUUCCUCAGGGCUGUGGAGAGAGCGUACAGUCGGGACAGGGCGUUCUGAGAACGGGGUGUCACAGGGACGAGACAGGUUUAAAGGUCUGACUCUUGGUUAGAAGUUACAUGAACACAAAACUCGAGGAUCAGGGUCUUUCGUUUUGGUUUUGUGACUGACAGGGACACACAUUCCAAACCUCAGGCAUCCACAGCUGUCCCGGCACCUCACCCAGCGGUGCUGGGAAAAGUGUGGGCAAAACCAGGCUCUGCACAAUUCAAAGCUUACACUUCAUGGAGAGGGUAAAGCAUUGGUGAAAAUUUACACUGAGUGCAACAUUUCUCGGUGCAAACAAGAAAAAAAUACCGUUUUGGUUCUAGUGCUAGAAAAUGCAGUAACUGCUUUCUGUGUUGGGAGAAGCAAACCGGUGUAACUGGAGAAGUCUCUGUGAGGCAGAGCACCAGGGCCAGCUGCCCCUGGGUUCUUCCAGCGCACCUUCACACUCCUGUGGGCAUUACUGAAGUGUGGAGCAGCUUGCGAGAACUGGUUUGGGGUUUUGUUUAAAACCUUUUGUUUAAAUCCAGUUUUGCAGUAUUAUCACAUUUAAACACCCAAGUAUUAACAAAAGGAAAGAGGUUUUUUUUUUAGAAGGGCAAAAGAAAAAGCUGUGGGGCAGGACAGAACGUCAAGCACAAGACUGGCUGAGAAUUAAAAAGAGCAAGCAGAAGGGGAGUGAGGAGCAGGUCGGAAUGGGAUCAGAGAGGUGUUAGUCGGCUGGGAAACCUGGAACAGCUCUGCAGGGUUGAUGUGAGCUCUCAGGUGUGGAGAAUGGGUUACAACACACAGGAGCAGAAAAACAGUGGAACUGACAACACUAGAAAGGAACAGGUUUUUGCUACUUUUUUUUUGGUUGGUUUUUGGGUCUUUUUUUAGAUUUUUAUACUUUUUUGUGUUUUUAAGUGCUUAAAUAGUGGAACUAUAAUUAGCCGCACAAGAAAUAAAAUUCAAAAGGGGUUGGGAUUUUUUUUUCCUGGGGUUUUUUUUUGGUGUUUUUUUUUUUGGCUCCCUUCAGUUCAGCCUGACAAGGUAUGGCCCUUUCUCCCCCCACUGAGGACGCGGGCUGCCGGGUCCGGCGGGGCUCCUGGAGCGGGUGGUGGCACUGGCAGCUACAUGACAGACACCGGCUGCAGGGGCGGGCAAGGGGACACGCUGCCCUCCUGCCGCGAGACGUCGGCGCCGCAAA